AUGAAAAAUUCUCAAAAAAUCGUAAAUAGAACCAAAGAAAUUAUGCAAAAUGAUCUGCGAUAUUUUAAACAGCGGCCUAGACACUGGUCUGCGGCCGAAUUUGUAGGCGAUAAUAGCUCUGGUAUAACUUCAUGGAGUUCAAAAGCAUCUAUGCAAUACCGCAAAUUCAAUGCGGAGGCAUUGGUGUUGAGAGCUUUGAAGAAUAUCAGCGAUCGCAAUGGUUCGUCUGUGGUGGCGAUUAAAAAGUACAUUACAAAUCACUAUCCCUACGUGGAUGGAAAGUUUACGCUCUCAGUUAUCAGAAAAAUCAUAAGGAAAUCUUUACAUAAAGGAAAAGUUGUACAGUCUCUGGGCAGCACAUCAGACGGCUUGUUCAAAAUAUCAGCUGGCGAAAUUCGAGCCGAGCAGCAGCAGGAACAAUUUAAGCACUAUAAGGAAUGCAUGAAACUAAGAGAACAGCAAAAAUUGGAAAUGGAAAUAAGAAAAAAUAAAUGCAGGGCCCAGGAGGAGAAGAGUCGUAAAAUUUUCCAACAAAAAUUAGCGCCACAAUUAAAGCGGCAAAAAGGGGUCGCGAGUGCUGCAAGGGGAACAAAAGCCAAGUUGUCUGCCCCGGCAGCUAGAGAUAUAAUACGUUGCAUGCAAGGAUGGCAAAAAUCUUCACCCUCCAUGCUUGCACCAGCAAAAUUUCGAUUAGGUGCAGGAACCUCAAAGACUUUCCAGCAAAAACCUCAAAUAGUCGAUUAUGCGCAUGCAGCUUUGGAAACAGCGAAGAUCAUUAGCUCCGAACAACUAAGACAUGCAAUUAUAAAAAAUGCUGAAUAUACACCAUAUUUUGCAACAUUCGAUUGCCAUGAUGCUAAACUUAACACAAAUAAAGGCAUGCCCAUAAAAUAUGAGAGAGCA